GAGAAAGUCCUCAGGUUGCGUUCACUGAUGGGGGCCAUGGAACCACUGCGGAAGGAGGCGAGGGAUAAUCCGUCGUCUUCAGCUAAUCUUCUCUCCAAGAUUUUCUUCUGUUGGCUGAAUCCCUUAUUCAGAAUUGGGUACCAAAGGAAACUGGAAGAAGACGACGUGUAUGAAGUUCUGCCGGAGGACGCUUCACACAGACUCGGGGAGGAGCUACAAUGUCACUGGAACAGAGAGGUUCAACAGGCGGCCAAAGAUCUGCACCCCCCCAGACUUUCCAAAGUUCUCGUUAAGUGCUAUUGGAGACCAUACGCACUCAUUGGAAUCUACAUCUUCAUAGAGGAAGUUAUCAAAGUCAUUCAGCCGGUGCUGCUCGGGAAGAUAAUUGAGUUCUUUGAGAAUAAUCAAGCCAGCAACACAGCUGCAGUCUACGAGGCCUACAGCUUCGCUUUAGGCAUCUCCUUGACAACCAUUAGCCUCUCCGUCCUUCAUCACCUCUAUUUCUACCACGUCCAGCGAGCAGGCAUGAAGAUCCGUGUGGCCAUGUGCCACAUGAUCUAUCGGAAGGCUCUUUGUCUUAACAGCAAAGCGUUGGCCAAAACCACCACAGGACAAAUUGUGAACCUCUUAUCCAACGAUGUCAACAAAUUUGACGAGCUAACUUUAUAUUUGCACUUUCUGUGGAUUGGUCCUCUACAAGCAGCAGCUGUGACAUUGUUGUUGUUGUAUGCGAUUGGCCCGUCGUGCCUUGCGGGAAUGGCGGUCUUCUUCGUCCUGAUGCCGGUACAGACUAUGUUCGGACAGUUGUUCUCUACUCUCAGGGCCGAAACGGCCGCCUUAACGGAUGAAAGGAUACGUACGAUGAGUGAAGUCAUCUCUGGGAUCCGCGUCAUAAAGAUGUACGGCUGGGAGAAGCCUUUCGCCGCGUCGGUGGAUGAGGUCAGAAGAAAGGAAAUCUCCAAGAUCAUGAAAAGCUCCUACCUGCGUGGCCUGAACAUGGCGUCCUUCUUCGUGGCCAGCAAGAUCAUCGUCUUCAUCACCGUCUGCAUCUACGUGCUGACUGGAAACCAGCUGUCUGCCAGCAGAGUGUUCAUGGCUGUUUCCCUCUACGGGGCGGUCCGACUCACCAUCACGCUCUUCUUUCCCUUUGCCGUAGAGAAGGUCUCUGAUUCUCUCGUCAGCAUUAGAAGGAUUCAGAGUUUCCUUCUGCUGGAGGAAGUGGCUCCUCGGCCUCUGGCGAGUGCCGUGGCAGAAAAUAAGGACUGUAUUGUGAAGACUGAGGAUUUAUUGUGCUACUGGAGUAUGAUGCUGGAGGCUCCAACUUUACAGAACGUGUCUUUCACAGUGAGGCCGGAGCAGCUGCUGGCAGUAAUUGGACCUUUUGGGGCUGGAAAGUCCUCGCUGCUUAGCGCCAUCCUGGGAGAACUGGGUCAGGAAAGUGGCGUGGUCAAGGUCAAAGGAGCGCUGACGUACGUCUCUCAGCAGCCCUGGAUUUUUCCCGGCACAAUUCGAAGCAACAUCCUUUUUGGCAAAGAGCUCGACCCCAAGAAGUAUGAUAGAGUGCUGAGAGCCUGCGCCCUCAAGAAGGACAUGGACCUGUUACCAGGCGGCGACCUGGCGAUGGUCGGAGACAGAGGGGCCAAUCUGAGCGGGGGACAGAAGUCGAGGGUCAGCUUAGCAAGAGCCGUGUAUCAGGAUGCCGACAUCUACCUGCUGGACGACCCACUCAGCGCAGUGGAUGCUGAGGUGGGAAGGCACCUCUUCGAAGAGUGCAUUUGUGGACUUUUGAGGAAGAAGCCUCGUAUCCUGGUCACUCAUCAGCUACAGUAUCUGAAGGCUGCAGAUCAAAUUGUCGUCUUAAAGCAGGGUCAGAUGGUGGCCCGUGGGACCUACAGUGAGUUACAAGGCUCUGGGCUUGACUUCACCUCCCUGCUUAAGGAGGAGGAGGGCCAGGAGAAGGAGAGGCACGGUGUGACUCCCAUCUCUGGGACGGUGCCCCGCCUCGCACACACACUUUCUGACAACUCUAUGUCCUCCUCUCCGUCCUCCUCUCCGUCCUCCCUCUCCUCCUCUCGGUACUCUUUGAUCGAGGGAACGGAUCCACUCGCAGCGGUAGGGCACGCAACGGGGGAGGAAAGGCGCUCAGAAGGAAACGUUGGCCUACGUAUGUAUGUGAAGUAUUUCAGGGCAGGCACUAACUCCCUGGUCCUCUUGGUCCUCAUUUUACUCAACGCCAUAGCACACAUUUCCUUUGUCCUUCAGGAUUGGUGGCUCGCUUGCUGGGCCUCUGAACAGAAGCACAUCAAUGUGACAGAGCACCUCAAUGGCAGCCUCCCUCAGCAGAUGGACCUUGACCUGUACCUAGGUGUUUACGCAGGUUUAACAACCACUUCGGUGGUUUUUGGCUUCCUCCGCAGCUUGGUCUUCUUUAAUGUCCUGGUGAGCUCGGCCCAAACGCUACACAACGGCAUGUUUAACGCCAUCCUUCGGACCCCGGUGCACUUUUUUGAUACCAAUCCAAUCGGGAGAAUUCUCAACAGGUUUUCGAAGGACAUCGGUUACCUGGACUCUUUGCUCCCAUGGACGUUCGUGGACUUUAUCCAGGUAUUUCUUCAAGUCGUCGGAGUGAUUGCAGUAGCUGCCGCCAUCCUCCCCUGGAUCCUUAUUCCGGUGGCUCCCCUUUUGGCCGUCUUCCUGUUUCUGCGAUUCUACUUCCUCCAGACCUCCAGAGACAUCAAGCGCCUCGAGUCUACCACUCGGAGUCCUGUCUUCUCCCACCUUUCCUCCUCUCUCCAAGGACUGAGCACCAUCCGUGCCUUCAAGGUUCAACAGAGGUUUCAGCAAGUGUUUGAUGAACAUCAAGAUCUUCAUUCAGGAGCCUGGUUUUUGUUCCUGGCUACUUCUCGCUGGUUUGCUGUCCGUCUUGAUGCAAUUUGCUCAAUUUUUGUCACCAUCACCACCUUUGGCUGCCUUUACCUCAGGGAUGGACUUGAACCGGGUGCAGUGGGUCUGGCUCUGUCUCACGCAGUCACACUUACAGGCAUGUUCCAGUGGGGCGUCAGACAGAGUGCAGAGAUCGAGAACAUGAUGACGUCAGUGGAGAGAGUGGUUGAGUAUGCAGAGCUGGAGAGUGAAGCACCCUGGGAGACAGACAAACAGCCGCCAAAUGAUUGGCCCAAGACCGGGUGCAUCACUUUUGACAGAGUCAACUUCUCCCACAGUGCCAAUGAUCGUUUGGUCCUAAAGAACCUGACUGUCAUCAUCACAUCCAGAGAAAAGGUUGGCAUCGUUGGACGUACCGGUGCUGGUAAAAGCUCCCUGAUCUCCGCCUUGUUCCGGCUGGCAGAACCUGAGGGAAGAAUAAUGAUUGAUGGUUUUCUGACAUCAGAGAUUGGUCUGCACACCCUGCGCCAGAAAAUGUCCAUCAUCCCACAGGACCCAGUUCUCUUCACGGGCACCAUGAGGAAGAAUCUGGACCCUUUCAGGCUGCACACAGAUGAGGACCUGUGGAAUGCACUCCGAGAGGUGCAGAUGAAGGACGUGGUGGAGGACCUGCCCGAUAAGCUGGAGACGGUGCUGACUGAGUGUGGCUCUAACAUCAGCGUGGGCCAGAGGCAACUGGUGUGUCUGGCCAGGGCCAUGCUCCGGAAAAACCGCAUCCUCAUCAUAGAUGAGGCCACGGCCAAUGUGGACCCAAGAACUGACGGCCUCAUCCAGCAGACUAUCCGGGACAAGUUUCAAGAAUGUACGGUCCUCACCAUUGCUCACAGGCUCAAUACUAUCAUUGACUGUGACAGAAUCCUGGUUCUGGAUGCCGGCAGCAUCCAGGAGUAUGAUGAGCCGUAUGUCCUACUCCAGAACCAGGAGGGGCUCUUUUACCAGAUGGUCGAACAGACAGGCAAAGCCGAGGCCGCCUCACUGCUGCACACAGCCAAACAGGUUUACAUGAACAAAAAGCGAGGGACAGACGCGCGCCGUGCCGAGGACGUCUCCGUCAUCUUUGAGACGUCUCUUUGACAGUUCCGGGGAGCUGCUCUGGUCCUCGUGCUCGCCAUCACUGACCACAUCUCUGACCAGAUCCACCAGACGUUUGGAUCCAGUUCAUUGAAGUGGCUCCCAGCAGCGCCCGAGUGUAGAAUGUGUUGCAUUAGGUGGGGGAGAGUAAAGAGGCGAGCAUCUGAAGCUGUGUGCACCUUUUUAUUGACAGCAUAUUACUGGCUGGCUGUUUAUUGAUUGCACCCGGCUCUGUUUAUGUAUGUGUGUUCUGGCCUCGCGGGUAGCUUCAAUCCUGACUGCAGCUAUUGGAUGUGUUCAUCAUGGUGCAAUAAACUAUCGGUGUCUUGCAUUACUCUAAAGGCCUCAAAAGGCAAAGAGAAGUCUAGAGGAGUAGUCCUCGUUUUUGGUAAGUAUUGUGCCUUAAUCAGAGCAUUUCUUUUUUUUUUUGUGGAAUUGCCCUUUUUUCUUCCAGCACCACGGUGAUGGCAGUUUUUAUGUCUACCUCAGCUUUUGUCAGGGACGAACGGUAAAGUUUCAAGUGUUGUGGCAAUGAUAACACAAGGAAACACACAACAGAAGUCUAUUGCCUUUGAAAUAAAAUGUUUUCCAGUGUGAUUCCAACUCUUCAUUCUUCUGAUAAAUCGGCUGUUGUUGCUUCUACGUAAGCUGCUGUGCAUUGUACAUUGCGUGUCUUCUGUAUCUUGACGGCACGAUGAUCACUGUAAAUUUACAGAAAAAUAAAAUUUUA